AUGUGCAUAGGUUGCGCGUUAAUGCCGACCUUCUCCUACUGUUGGUUCGGAAAUGAAGUGAAACUAAAGAGUAUGGAAUUGUCGGAAAGUAUUUAUAAAAUGGAAUGGCCGGAUUACAGUAACAACGUAAAGAAGGGUUUCUUGAUUAUUAUGAAUCGCGCGACUCUAAUACCCAUAAAAUUCACCAGUGCAUAUAUCAUUCCUCUGAAUCUCGAGACUUUCGUGACGGUGAUUAAGACAUCAUAUUCGAUAUUCAAUCUAAUGCGACAGACACAAGAUGGAUAA